UAUCAGCAGCACACGUCAUGGUCAGGGUUAACAGCAACACACACAGCACAAUCAGGGAACAACUAACAGGAGCACACAGCAUGGUCAGGUAAAACUAACAAGCGCACAGUAUGGUCUCGGACUAACCACAGCACACUCCGGUAACUAACAGGAGCACACUGCACAAUCAAGGAACAACAGCAGAACACCACACAAUCACAGGGAUCAACUAGCAGAAACACACAGCAAGUUGGGGGUCUUACAGGAGCACACAGCAUGGCAAGUUCGCAGCACACUCACUAAUAUGGACUAGCAGCAGCAUAGAGCACUAUCAGGGACGCAGCACUGCCCCUUACAGCAUCUCUGUCGCCAUACUGAUGAUCUGACUCCUCUCACCAACCCUGACUACACGGCCAGCAGCAGCCGCCUCUCCUCCCCUGUGUGAGUGUGUCGCUCCCAGAGUGCCAGACUCCAGCACAACACGAGAUCUCGGGGCACUCUCGCGAUGUCAGAUCGCCGCCGGAAACAGGCAGCAGCCUGAGCGAUGCUGAGUCGUCAACAACAACAAUAACAAGAGGAUCUGCUUCCAGACUGCCGGCCGGACUCUUCCCUGUUUCUAAAUGAGCAGACCAAAGUGCAAAGCAGGGAGCAGAGGAACAUAGAGCAGUCAUCAUGAAGUUGUAUGUAUUUCUGGUGAACACUGGAAUCACCCUUACAUUUGACACAGAGCUUGCAGUUCAAACGGUGACUGAUCUUAAGCAUGCUAUCCAGUCUAAGUAUAAGAUCGCUGUUCAUCACCAGAUACUUGUCGUAAAUGGAGGAGAAUGUAUGGCACCUGACAGGAGGGUCUGUAGUUACAGUGCUGGUACUGACACCAAUCCAAUAUUCCUGUUCAACAAAGAGAUGAUAUUGUGUGAGCGGCCUCCAGUUAUUCCUAGAACAACGUUUUCGGCCGAGAAUGAAAUGGAAUUGAAGGUAGAAGAGUCACUUAUGAUGCCUGCGGUAUUUCACACAGUCGCCUCGAGGACACAGCUUGCAGUGGAAAUGUAUGAAGUAGCCAAGAAGCUUUGUUCCUUUUGUGAAGGCCUAGUUCAUGAUGAACAUCUUCAGCACCAGGGCUGGGCUGCCAUUAUGGCCAAUUUAGAAGAUUGUACACAUUCAUAUCAAAAGCUGCUUUUUAAGUUUGAUAAUGCCUAUUCAAAAUAUCUACAAUCAGUAGAUGAAAUGAAGAUGAAGUUAACAAAUUUAGGAACCGCUGUUUCUGUCAUGGCCAAGAUUCCACUGCUCGAGUGCCUAACACGUCAUAGCUAUAGGAUGUGUUUAGAUAGGUUGAUGUCUUCUACGGAGAGAGAUGUUGAUGAACUGGAGAAUGAGAAGACUACUCACAUGGUGCAAUAUGAUAAUGAAACUAAACUGACAAAUAUGGCUUUGCUAGCCUCUCUUUCUACAUCUGGGGAAUGUGCAUCACAAGAAGUACCUUCCAGUAGCACUGAACACGAAGUUAUGGAUUCUACUAGCCAGAAUAUGGAACCUUCAGAGGAACAUCUGGCUAAUGAGAGCCCAUUGUUUAAUGUUUCACUGCUGGACUGGAUAAAUGUGCAAGAUCGGCCGAAUGAUGUUGAGUCGCUGGUCAGGAAAUGUUUUGACUCUAUGAGCAGACUGGAUCCGCGAAUAAUUCAGCCAUUUUUGGCCGAAUGCCGUCAAAAUGUUGCCAAAUUGGAUAAUCAAAACAUGAAAGCCAUUAAGGGGCUUGAAGAUAGGCUGUAUGCACUGGAUCAGAUGAUUGCUAGCUGCAGUAGGUUGGUUAAUGAACAAAAAGAACUUGCUCAGGGAUUUUUAGCCAAUCAGAAGCGGGCUGAAAACUUAAAGGACCCUUCUGUGUUACCUGAUUUGUGUUUGAGCCAUGCAAAUCAGUUAAUGAUCAUGUUGACAAACCACAGAAAACUGUUGGAUAUUAAACAGAAAUGUACCACUGCCAAACAGGAGCUUGCCAAUAACUUACAAGUUCGAUUAAAGUGGUGCUGCUUCGUAAUGCUGCAUGCUGACCAAGAUGGGGAAAAGCUCCAGGCUUUAUUCAGGCUCUUAACAGAGCUCCUUGAGAGGGUCAAAAUAGUGGAGGCACUUAGUACAGUUCCUCAAAUGUAUUGCUUAGCAGUGGUUGAGGUUGUCAGGAGGAAGAUGUUCAUAAAACACUACAGAGAGUGGGCAAAUGCUUUAGUAAAGGAUGGAAAAUCUCUAUAUGAAAAUGAGAAGGCAAAAAGGGAAACCUUUGGUAAACUGUUUAGGAAAUCCUAUUUACGCAAUCGUCUCUUUAGAGGACUUGACUCCUGGCCUUCAUCUUUUUGUACUCGAAAGCCAAGGAGGUUCGAUAGUGAGUUACCUGAUAUCUCUGUAAUCGACCUGCAGUUUCUGCAGUCUCUUUGUCCUCCAGAAGUUCAACUUUUCCUCAGGGUUCCUUUACUUUGUGAUUUUGAGCCUCUACACCAGCAUGUACGCGCUCUACACAACUUGGUAAAAGCUGCACAAAGUUUGGAUGAAAUGUCACAGACUAUUACAGAUCUGUUAAAUGAACAAAAGAUUUCUCAUGGUCAGCUCUCACCGCAUUCUGUUACUACACCAAGGAUAGAAAGUGUAACUGAAGCUACAACUACUACCUCAUCCAAAUCUCCUCCAUCACUCAGUCUUCAGGGUCCCAUUUGUCCUUCUGUUGCCAUUCCAGGACCUUUAGAAGAACUCUCUCCAGAUAGCAUUGAUGCUCAUACAUUUGAUUUUGAAACAAUUGCCCAUCCAAAUAUUGAACAAUCUCUUAAACAGGGUUCUUUGGACUUGGACUCAUUAGUAGAUAGUCCAGAAUCUGAUUUUAUGUCGGCAGUCAACGAGUUUGUUAUAGAAGAAAAUCCUGUCUCGCCCAACAUAAGUGAUACACAGAGUCCAGAAAUGAUGGUGGAAUCUCUAUAUUCUUCCGUUAUAAAUGCGAUUGACAGCAGACGUAUGCAAGACACAAAAGGAAAACCAAAAGACGACAACGUUGAAAAUAUCUGUUUAAAGGCUUGUAUGGAGAAGUGUAAAUUUGUUGCACAAGAAUCACAAACCAAUUUGAGGAAUUUCAAAGAAGAACUUUGUCAUUUGAGAAUACUUGUACAAAGGGAGCAGAGUCAGUUUGCUAGUGCUAUUAAAUCGGUUUCUGCCGAUAUUCUAAAUAUAUUUGCACGUGCCAAUUGUUCUCUUGAAUCUAGAUUAAAAGAGAAGCAUUUAGAAGAAUUGCACGUUUUAGAGAAAUCGUAUGAGAAACGACUACAGUUAUCAAAGGAAGAUAUUGAAAUGAAGGAGGAAAUAAUUGCGAAGUUUAAAGUUGACAUUAUGCGGUUAAACAAUGAUUUACAGAUUAAGGGUGAUGAAUUUACCACAAUCACAAGGGAAAAGGAAACACUUCUUUCUUUGCAAAACGAAAGAGAUCAGAAAAUGAUCUGUCUUGAAAGCGCCAUGAGGGAACAAUCGGGAGAAAUUCAGAAGUUGAAACGGUCAAGGGAAUCAGCGCUAGAGGAUUUUAAGAAACUUCAUGCUGAAAAUGAAGAAAAACUCAGACUACUUAAGGAGGAAUUUCAGAUUUUAGAGCAAACACACUUAAAAGAAUUAGAAGACAAUUUAAAGCUCAGGCAUGCACAAGAACUGGAAAAUGUGACAACUGAACAUAAAUGUUCUGCAGACAAACUUAAAAUGGAUAAUAAACUCAAGAUUGACCAAUUGCAAGAAUCAUCUGCAGCAGUAACUCAAGAAAAGAAUUCUCAGCUGCAAGAAUUAGAUCUUCGAGUUUCCGAGCUCUCCGAUAUUAGAUGUAAAUUGGAAGUUGAAUUAGCUCUAAAAGAAGGAGAGAUAGACGAAAUUAAGUUAAUUCUGGAGGAAAGUAGAACGCAGCAGCUGGAUGAUUUACAAACUCAAGUUGACGAGAAAACGGAAACCCUAAAGAAAGAGGUUGUUAGUCUGAAUAAUUUGUUACAAGUUCAGAAAGAUGAACAUGAGCAUGCACUAGCUGAGCUCAAAACUCUUUUGUCAACUGAGAGAAAUCAAUGUAUUUCAGAGCUUUUAAAUAGACAUGAGGCUGAAACCAAUUCUUUGCGGAAGGACCUAAGCAAUUUAACCACUGCCCAUCAACAACUACUGGAAACAGAGAGUAGACUACAGGAAGAAAUAAGUGUCCUACAAAAUAAACUAGAUGACAGCUUGAAAGCGCUUGAAAGACAAACUGAGCAACAUGAGAACUCUCUAAAAGAAAAGAAAGAAAUGUAUGAAUUGUCUAUUCGGAAACUUGAAGAGGAGCGAGAACAAAUUUCCCAGAAGCCUGAAAAAGAACCACUCUUGCAGAAUUUUGAGGAAGGGGAAUGUGAAAAAAAAGACUCUGCACGCCUCGCCGUUACAGACCUUGCAAUGCACAGGCAGAUUGUUGAAAAAGAACUUUUAGAAAAAAUCCAGCUUCUUGAAGAACAAUUAAAUAAAAGUCCUGCUGGACCCGCACAUAGCUUGAUCUCUGAGCUCCAGGAAAAGCUUCAGCAAGAGAAACAGUUAUUUGUUGAGCAACUUGACCAGCAGGAGAGAAAGAAAGUUGAAGAAUUGCAGAACCUCAGGAUCUCCCUAAUAGCAGAACAGCAGACCAACUUUAACACCGUUUUAACAAGAGAGAAAGUAAAAAAAGAAAAUAUAAUUAGUGAACUGAAUGAAAAAUUAAAGUGUGUUACACAGCAGCAGGAGAGAGACAAAGAUUUAAUUGAAACUUUAUCUGGAGACCGAGCAUGUUUACUUGAAGAGAAGAAGAAACUUGAAGAGGAAGUUUGCAAGCUAAGGAGUGUUAUGUCUUCAACUCAUGUGGCUCUUCCUACCGAGCCUAGUGGAGCUUCUGUCCAUGACCUUCCUCUGGAAAUGAAUAGACCCGUUUAUGAUACCACUGUCAUAGAUGAAGACAGAAUGGAAACCACUUUAGAAACCAGCAUGACAGCUGUUCAUGAUGUUUUGUUGUCAGAAGAAAAACAAAAGAUAAUGCUGCUAGAAAGAACAUUGCAGCAGAAAGAAGAAGAAAAUAAACGACUGAACCAGAGAUUGAUGUCUCAAAGUAUGUCUUCGGUUUCUUCAAGGCAUUCAGAGAAAAUAGCAAUUCGAGACUUUAUAGUUGGUGAUUUGGUACUUAUCAUUUUGGAUGAACGCCAUGACAAUUAUGUGUUAUUUACAGUCAGCCCAACAUUGUAUUUCUUACAUUCAGAAUCUCUUUCUGCAUUAGAUCUUAAACCAGGUGAGUGUGCUUCUGGUUCUUCUAGAAGACCCUGGGUUCUUGGAAAAGUGAUGGAAAAAGAAUAUUGUCAAGCUAAAAAGGCUCAAAACCGGUUUAAGGUUCCGCUGGGUACAAAAUUUUAUCGCGUGAAAGCAGUGCCAUGGAACAAGAAAGUCUAAACUGCCCACUAACCCUACUGUCACACGUUAUGCCUCGGCUUGUUCUCACCAUACCAUUCAUAGCCCAAACAAGUGGCUGUAUGAUUACAUUUUUUAAAGGUUAUGUUCUAGAAUUAAAAAUCAGAUCCGAUGAUUCUGCAUAUCUGCCCCAGUUUUUUUGUUGUUUUGCUUUUUAUAAACUACUUAGAAAUGUGGACCAAGACAAGUUCAUUCUUUCAAAGUGUAUAUUAUAUGCAUCAUGUGCGUUUUUUUUUCUUUUGUUUAACCAUACUUUAUGCCUGUUAAAUAUAAAUUAGCUUGUACUUAGGUGUUUAAUGUUAGUUACCAGCAUUUGUCUCCUUGUGAAUCACAUUUAUCUAAAGUACUGGCACUCUUCAGCUCGUCCUUUAUAAUCUGUAUAGAUUCGUCAGCGAAAGGGAGUGUGUAUGGCAUGCAGAUAAUCACCGUUUUCUUUAGUAUGAGUUUGAAAAAAGUAUGAUAUCUAUUGGAAUUUGUAUAUUUACUUAAAUAUGGCUUGUUAAAUAUUAAUAGGAAAAAAUAAAUACAGAAAAAAUAUAUAUAAUUAUACUGGCUGGUCACUGCAGCUUCCCAAUGCACUUUUGACUGAUUUAUUUAGAACAUAAACCGUGCUGACGCAACCCCAGCCAUAUGGAAAUCUUUUAUGUUAAAUAAAUCAUAUUGAUAAAAUUGUAUUUUAUGGUUGAGUUUCAGGCAAACAAAUUUCAUUGUACAUUAACCAUAUUUAAGUAACAAAUUAUUGUAUUGCAAAUACAUGUAGAGUUUUAAAACAAUAAAGAUUUAAAACUGUAAAUGUUUGAAAAUUGGUCUUUUAAAAAAACAUGUACACUGUAUAUAUAAUAAACACGUUAUUAUAGUGCAUUAUUUUAUUCAUGCAUCUAAGUUAUGUGAAAUGUUAUGCUCUAGUAAUGUUUUCCAAUAAAACCAGGGGAAACUUGUGACUUUUCUUUU